AUGUCUUUCAACUAUGGCCGACAAUCUGUAACAUGUUCAGUCAGUGGAAAAGACAAGUUUCAGAAGCAGCUUGAGGAAGAAUUAGCCGACACCUUCACCAACUUUUCUAUUGAUAAGGAGCGGGCUGGUGUGCUUGUUGGGACAGGAAUGGGUGGUCUUACAGUUUUCUCUGAUGGUGUUCAGGCUCUCAUAGAGAGAGGUUACAGAAAAAUCACACCAUUUUUUAUACCUUAUGCUAUCACAAACAUGGGUUCUGCCUUGCUUGCAAUUGAUCUUGGUUUUAUGGGACCAAACUAUUCCAUUUCAACUGCUUGUGCUACCUCCAACUACUGCUUCUAUGCUGCUGCCAAUCACAUCCGUCGAGGUGAGGCUGAUAUGAUGGUUGCUGGUGGAACUGAAGCAGCCAUUAUUCCUAUUGGAUUGGGAGGCUUUGUUGCAUGCAGAGCUUUGUCUCAGAGAAAUGAUGAUCCACAAACUGCUUCUAGGCCAUGGGACAAAGAUCGAGAUGGUUUUGUGAUGGGGGAAGGAGCAGGAGUUUUGGUGAUGGAAAGCUUGGAACAUGCAAUGAAAAGAAAUGCACCAAUAAUUGCCGAGUACCUGGGAGGUGCAGUAAAUUGUGACGCUCAUCAUAUGACUGAUCCAAGAUCUGACGGUCUUGGUGUUUCUUCCUGCAUUCAGAGUGCUCUUGAAGAUGCGGGUGUGUCACCUGAAGAGGUUAACUAUAUAAAUGCCCAUGCCACUUCCACUGUAGUUGGCGAUCUGGCUGAGGUGAAUGCUAUUAAAAAGGUAUUUAAGAGCACAUCAGAGAUCAAAAUGAAUGCAACUAAGUCUAUGAUAGGGCAUUGCCUUGGUGCUGCUGGGGGUCUGGAAGCUAUUGCGACAGUGAAAGCCAUUACAACAGGGUGGCUUCAUCCUACUAUAAAUCAAUUCAAUCCAGAGCCUGCGGUUGAGUUUGACACUGUUGCAAACAACAAGCAGCACCAUGACGUGAAUGUUGCCAUCUCAAACUCAUUUGGAUUUGGUGGGCACAACUCUGUUGUGGCUUUUUCCGCAUUCAAGGCCUGAUUGAAUUGUCUGCAUUUCUUGUAGCUGAGGACCAUCUUUACUUAUUCGAGGCUUGGUUUAAUUUCUCAUAGAGGCUGCUUCAUCUUCUUUCUGCGAGUUUCUGCUUAGCACUUUGUGCAUUUAGAGCUGUUAAUUUAAUAAUUUUGGGUUUAAAUUUAGAUUAAGGAUUCGUUAUUUUUGUUUUACGUCGUGCUCUAUUGGAACCUCCAGCAAAUGGUAGACAUGAAAUUUAUCCAGUUUUGAAUUAUUUAGUUGAUAGAGGGUCCUUGGGGGGUUCAAGAACCUUCAAUGGCGUUUGUUGUUGCUACUUGGGCAUUUUUUUUUCCAUGGGAGUUUAUUUUACAAUGAAAUUUUCAAGUCAAGUUGAUUUAAUCUAUAGCUAAUUAUACUAACAUGACAUCUUAAUGCUAAAGCCUUUUUGGAUGCUGUCCCUAUUCAUUGUACAUUGGAUCAUAACGUCUUAAUUGCUAGAGCCUUUAUGGG